AGAUAGAUGUCAUUUUCCAGCCUCCUUGAAGACAGGACUAUUCCGUUUAGGAUGCCAAGAGGAUCGAUGUGACGUCAUAAUAGUUGCGGUGAGUGUAUCUAUAGCAACCAGUUCCAAAGUUCUAAGCUUUUGAAGUUGUAGAUUUCUAAAGUUUUAAGUUUACCUGCGAUCUUCGGAGAUUAUUUUCAGACUUGCAAAUUGAGACAAAUGAUUUUCCAGAGGAUUAAAUGAUGGAUAUUUUUCAACCUAAGCACAACUCAGAAGGCCACACCUGCAGCACUGUGCAUGGUGACGAGUGCCGUUCUCCAUGCAUUGGAGAUGUUGACAACCUUGCCAUACAAACAAGUAAAGGAGAUGUGCAUUUACAGAAGCCUGUUAAUGAACGACAAAAGUCCAGCUUUAGAACAGGCUCACGUAAACGGCAGUUCAAGUCUCCUCGUGAAGGUGACAAUGAUGAUGACAACCAUGAAACCCUUGCAAUGAUUCGCCAGCAACUUUAUGGCCCUGGUGGGCCUUAUGAAAAUAUGAGGGUAAAUCAGACGGACAGCGAGUCACGUUGCUCUAAAACUUCGCUCGGCAAUCUUAAACGAUGCCGGGACGACCAUGAGGAUGAGGAAGAAACUGCCUUCAGUCAGCAGCCUGCAAAAAAAGCCAGGCUUGGCUCUUCAGAAUCCAGACUUGUUGCACUGUUUUGGCAUUUAAGGAUUAUGUCUAAUCUGAAGCCUGUUAAUGGACGACAAAAGUCUAGCUUUAGGACAGGCUCACGUAAACGGCAAUUCAAGUCUCCUCGUGAAGGUGACAAUGAUGAUGACAACCAUGAAACCAUUGCAAUGAUUCGCCAGCAACUUUAUGGCCCUGGUGGGCCUUAUGAAAAUAUGAGGGUAAAUCAGACAGACAGCGAGUCACGUUACUCUAAUACUUCGCUCGCCAAACGCAAACGAUGCCGGGACGACCAUGAGGAUGAGGAAGAAACUGGCUUCAGUCAGCAGCCUGCAAAAAAAGACCGGCUUGGCUCUUCAGAUGUAAAACAUCUUGCAUUAUCAGGGCAUUAUGUUGAUAAGACUAAUAUGGAGUCUGUUAACAGACUACCAAAGUCCAGAUUUAGAACAGGCUCACGUAAAGUGCACUUUAAGUUGCCUCAUGAAGGUGACAACAAAACCCGUUUAAAGAUUUGCCCGCAACAGUACGGUCCUGUUGGUCCUUAUGAAAAUCUGAUAGUCAAUCAGGUUGACCCUUCAGAUUUGGCCUCUUCCUCUUUCCAUCAGCAAGCCACCACUAAUAGGAACAGCAGUUUAUACAGUCUCAGCAGUGGAGCUUCAGGGUCGAAUCUGGUAGGCACUUCAACGAAUGAAUCAACGUCUGGUCCCAAAAGCAUUCAAACAAAGCUACAGCAAGAUACAGGAUGCAACACCAACUCAGAUUAA